CCAAUUUUGACACUCUGAGCAUGCGCAAUGCAAAUUAGAUAAACAUCCUGAUAGCUCCUAAUUGAAUUGUUUCAUUAUCGGACGCGUGGUAAACAAGUUUGUCAGAAGUAUCAUGGCGAAUAUUAUUGUUGCGUAUAUAUGCUGGGUGCUAGGUGGACCGUUGGGACUGCAUCAUUUUUAUCUUGGUAGAGAUAAACAAGCGUUGGUGUGGUGGAUGUCUUUAGGUGGAUUAUUUCUCGGAUGGAUACGUGACUUGUGGAGACUUCCCGAAUAUCUUUAUGAGGCAAAUAAAGACCAAAGAGUCCGGGCCAUAUUCCAGGCAAGGAGAGCAAAACAUCCACAACCACCGUGGAAACUUGCGAGGUUCGCUGGUCAAAUGCUGAUUGGGACAAUGAUGAGUUACUUGUUCAGACUGGCUAUACCAGAAUUUGUUCUAGACAACAUGGAGUAUGGUUUGGAUCAGAUGUUUAAAGUUAUAUUACCAGUAAUUGGUGCAGCUACAGGUGUUAGCCUAGUUUCUAAUAUAGGAGUUCAGAAGGUGUCAUUUAAGUGGUGUAUUCUGGGAGCAGCCAUUUCAACACCUUGGCUUUUAUUAGAGAGCCCAUCUGUUAUCUGUGCGCCUCUAUUUUCCUCGCUUAUGGCAAAUUAUAAGAGAGAAUGGGACAUUGAAAAAGAAACGCCCACAGGGGUUUGUAACUUUAUUAAGCGUGUAAUAGUAUUAGCUUUAUGUGGCUGUAUAUAUAUGACACUGUGGGGCUCUGUGAUAUGUUUCAACAUGCACGUUACGACCAGUGACGGGAUGCAGGUUCCAAUCUACGAAGCUAUUGGUCACUUUUUUGAAUCUCCGGCCUGGAAAGAUUUUAAGAAGACUAUGAACGACCUGUACGAGUUUUGUCAGGUGAAUGGUUGGGACACGUGUUACCAGCAACUUGUAGAACAUCUCGAUCCUACAGGAGAAGCCCAUGCUUAUAAGGUGUUAGGAUUUGACGGAGUCACUGCUCAUCCUGAUGAAAUCCAGCCAAGAUGUCGUAAACUUAGUCGACAGUAUCAUCCUGAUAAAUUCAACACAGCCGCAGAAAAACUAGCCGCACAGGAAAAAUUCAUAGAAAUUCAGAAAGCCUGCGACAUACUGAGCAAUAUGCGGAAAAGACGUGCGGAGAAAAAUAUGAAAUCUGAUUCUACAAAAACUCCACACACAGACCAUAGAAGAACUGAAUUUUAGUGUUGUUAUUUUACCAAAGUUGUUUUGCAUAAUUUUGUACAAUAUUUACCCAAAAAAAAUAUUUUUUUUUAUUGAUUAUUGAUCUGAUCAUUUUUACAUUGUAAAUAUUAAUGUACCUUACAGUCUUAAACAUUUAAAACCAUAAAAAAAAAUGAAGAAAUUUGAAGGAAAAGAAUAUCAGUUAUAUUAUUGUAUAGUGUAUAAUUAAUUAUAGACUUAUAGCUUAAACCUUUACUUAUUGCUGAAACCAUUACAUUUGCUGAAUUUUUGUAGAUAUUCCACUUUCGGAUGAUCUGCCAAUAUUUAAAGUGUGCUCAAGUCAAAAAGUAUUUCAUGUAUGUAAACAAUACUGCAGUCUUUAUUCUUUGAAAAGCUGAGAAAACUGUUAAUGUACAGACCAAAUAAUUCAUUAUGGUUUCAUUAUUGUUGACAUGUUAGUAUGGUUAAUUUUCAUUAUUGAAAAAUGACCCAGGGUUUUUUUUUCUUCAAUGCAUUGGGUCAUUUUUCAACAGGGUCAUUAUUUAAUGUUACACCUGCACACUGACGUGCUAUCUGAUUCUCGUCUACAUUGUUUGCUGUUUAGUUUGUAUUAUAU